AAAAACAGUGACCACAGUAGUAAUUUUAAAAUUUUAACGGGUUUAUUUAAAAGUGAUUCAACUAGCCUUGUGUGCAAGUAUACACGACACAAUGCAGAAGACAAACAAGACUACGCAAAGAAACAUUAAUAAUUCACAGCACGGACACCGUUCAGAGGGGUCAGCACAGUCACUUUUCUUUCCUGUUGCUCAAACGGGCCCGGCACGGGGGGCUCGGAGAAAGAGGCGCCCUCCAGGCAGCACUCCUCUCCACCAGGACGGAGAGGGCAGCGCUCCAGAGGGGCUCCCUGUGGCUCAGGGAGAGCUCGCUCACGUCCGGAUCCCUGGGAACGCACCGGGAACAGCGCGACACGCGCCCCGCCAUCCCCGGGACCGCGCCGCGCCGGGACGGCCCGCAGCUCUCGCGAGACUUCGCUGGCCUGGUCGUCAGGGCAACGGCGGCGGCGCCCGCUGCUGCUGCUGCUGUGCUCCCGCGGUAACAGUGGAUAUUAAAAGUGGGAGCUUGGAUGAAAUUUCAAGGCCUCCAUCUAGCUCAAGAUGUAAUUGUAGAUGUUUAAAUAAAACUAUGGAGUUAUUAACACCAGAACCGUGUUUGCAAAAGGUUGAUUCACCUGUCAGUUUGGCUGAUGGUUAUCAGAGAGGCAGUCUAGAAGACUGCUGUCCAGCAGAAAACAAAGGUGAUGACAGAGAUAAAUCUGAUGUCCAGGAAUUAAGAACAGAUCAGCAAACCUCAGUGGAGAGUAUGACCGUCUUUAUUCAGAAGUGUCUAUGGAAUCCCAACGAGUUGUCAGGCUUUUCCCUGUGUUUUUCAGGAUGUAGCUCUAAUUCAGAUUCUGGAGAUGAAGGCACUGAAACACAGACGUCGAAAUUCUGUGAACCUUCUGCAGGGAAACCAGCAGACUCUUCCGACUUGAAAUGUUCUGAAGACACAGAUAUAAAUGCUCAGAUUCAAGCUGCUAUAAAGAAAAUGAAUAAACUUGACACAAUACUUGAAAAACAGCGUAUUACGGAAAAAGUAAUUAAGAAGCAAGGCAAAGAAAUGAGGGCAAUGCUCUGGGAAGAACUUCAGUCUAUCAGAACCACAGGAAGCCACGAGGAGGUGGAAAACACAAACCAGUUUUUGGCUUUGUUCUCAUCGUGGCAUGACGCAGUUGAUCCCUCCCAUGCUAAAGAAGAUGAAAUAUGUACUUCAGUAUUUCACACACACAUGAAUCCUGAAGAUUAUGAUUGCCAUAAAGCCCAAGAAAACCAGGAUUGUCCGAGUGAAUUAGAAACAGAAAAAACAGCAGAAAAAACGCAUAGCAAAACCAAAACCAGCCAGCAUUUCAUUAAAAAGAACAUUGAGCUAGCAAAGGAUUCAGGAAACCAGUUUGUUAUGCUUGAGGGAGAAAGGAGAAGGCUAAUUGAACUACUGAAAGAUACAGAAGAUGGAACUGAAUUGCAAGAUUUUGAGGGGAGUGUAUCUGGCUGGCUGGCACCAGGAGAAGGGUACACACCUGAAACAAUGGAAUUUCAUGUCCUGAAUGAGAUAGACAAUAAGCUCCAAGUACUACUAUCUGAUGGGGAGUUUUCUGCACUUUCCAGCUCUAGCUCAAAAUCACCAAGCCAGACUUACCAGGAGUCUCUGGUUUAUGCAAACAGAAGCCUAGAAACAGUUCCAGGUGAAAAAGUUCUGCGAGACAAUAAGGAAAAACGUGAUCAACAGAAUCGUCUGAAAGAAAUAGAUUAUCAGCUGGAAUCCCUAGAGAGAAAUCUUACUGAAGAACAAACGAGCCUCUCUGAAGAGCAGCUUAAGACCCUUCUGGAAGAAUGUAUGCAGCCUCAGAGAACAAUAAGUAACGUUACCAUGCCACAGUCUCAGGAAUCUCUUUCUUUUGGAUUAAGUCCCCCUUGUUACACAAGUCAAGACUCCACUCUUCACUCCACAUCUAGUCUUUCCAAAAUGUUAGUUGAAGACCAUAUUGUAGGGAUGUUAAUGGCUCAGGAAGAGGCUGGACUCGAAGACAAAAGCUUAUGUGUUAAUGCAGAGAGCAAAAUCCCUGGCUACUAUAUCAGCAAAGCAUUGGCUGGUAGUCACUUAUCAAAGGAUUCACUGGCCCAGACAGAGGAACCUGAUGACCUAGAAGUUUUACAGAAGAUGGAAGAUAAGAGUAUUACUGAAGGUUACUUUAUGUCAAGAGCACUCAACACAAAAAGAUUGAAGAAACCCUCUUUCUUGGGUGAACCAUUAUAUUGCAUCAGCAUGAACAAUGAGCCAUCCACAGAGGCUGACAUUCUCAGCAUACCACUGCAAACCAAAGGAGGUGAGACUCUUAACAACCCUUUAGAAUAGGCUUUUGAUGAAAUUGAAAAAACCUAAGCAGGUUCUCACCAAAGGUAUGCACCAAUACACACUGAUUAUUACGGUGGGGCGAGAAUGUUCUUUUAGAAAACAUAAAACUGCCAAAAAUAAUACACACAAAAUAACAGAAUGUUUAUUAAAAUUCUUACCCUGAAAUAAUUGACUAGGAGUUUUAUGAAAUGUAUCACUGAUGUUGAUUAAUUCUGUCAACUGGAAAACAGUGUUGAAAAUACAUAUGGAUUAUCUUUUUGGUAGUAGAAAGUCAUGGUCACUGUUCUGUGGAGAGCAAAUAUUCUCCCAGUAGCUGGUACAAAAAUUCACAUGAAAAUCCAGGUGUUUCAUGGGAGUUUUUAAUAAGGUAAACUCUGCAGUAUAGAAACAAACAUAGCUAUAUUAAAGAUAAUAAACUGCUUUUAGGGAGUUCAAAUUUACACACAUAAGAUACCAAGAUUAAUAAUACUGAACAAUUUCUAUAAAUUACUUUUAGUUUGAUAAAAGAAAAAAUAGACUUUAACCAGCAAAAAAUUAAAUUUCUCUCUGUCUGGUAUGAUAAAAAGAUUGUGGAAAUGUCUCUUGUUUUUCUUUCCUUUACUUACAUAUAAUUACAUAGUGAUAUUGUAAUCUAAAUCUAUAUUUAGAUUUUUAGCCUAGUUCUCUUCCUGGAAAGCCAACUGUUCAAAUAAGCCAGAUCUUACGCAGGUAAACCUUUCAUUUUUUUACGUAAAAGUUGUGACAGUAUGAAGUUUGUGAUUACAGUCUAAUCUUACUAGAAAUCAAUACAUUUUGCUAUGCUUGUCAAGAUUGAUCUUUGUUAUACUGGAAAUCUGUUCUGGAUUUAGAGAAACUGUUUUCUUCACAUACAUUAGUAAUUUAGAUGAAGAUUCUAAUAUUCCUCUGCUAUGUUAUAAUUUUGUAUUACGAUCACAACACUUUCUUUGAUUGUAUUUAAUCUUUCUACAGUGAAGGGAAUGUUAAUAUUUUUUCAAAGCGAUUCCACCUGUCAGAAAGCAGGAAGUCAUGUUACUGCUGUUUUUACACUGCCAGACAAAGUGUAUAUCCAUACUUACCUGAACUAUUUGUCCCUUAGGAGAUUUAGGCCAUAGCUUCUACAUGAAGAAAAUAGAAAUAGUACAUGUAGAAAAGGUUGGGUGGUUUUGGUGCUUUUUUUUUCCAGUAGGUUACUUAUCAGCUACCUUUACAGGCUGGUUUUGCUCUUCAUGUAGAUGCGGGCAUCAGAAGAGCAGAGCAAGGGUAGAGAGUGCUCUGCCCAGAGGAGAGCAGGGUGGCAGUGGUGGUCAUGGGGAACACCACAGAGAACCACCUCUGCCAGGGGCAACUUGAUCUCAUGCAGGAGUAACAUGAUUGCAUACUACAUGACCAGGCUUCUUUGGCAACCAACAGCGAGAAAAACUCAGUAACUUGCUGCCUUCACUUGAGUUAAAGUUCUCCUUUAGUCUGAACAGAUGUAGCGUGAUCAGAGCCAUGUGUGACUCAGCCCCAACUACCACCUCCCAUUGUGAGUGUGUUUUAAGAUGGAAUGUGUUAAAUUGAGGGAAACACCAUGCACUGUGACCACUGGGUAGUGAAGUGAGCUGGUAACUGUAGAUAUAGUCACUGUGAGGUAGUUUUAUUGCACAAGAGAGGAAGGAGAUUUUCACUAUUAAGUAAAUUUCCAUAUGGGACAUCUCAUUGUAGAAGUCUGUAAGGUAAAUGUGUUAACAUUUAUCACAUAAUAAUUUAAAUAUCUUUGAGUCAAAAUCAUAUGUGUCAGAGUAAUGUAAUGGGGUAAUUAGAUUAUCUCUUUGCAGGAGUGACUGAGUAAUAUUUAAUCAUGUAGAACUCAAAUCUGUAUGUUUAAUAAGCAUCUUGAUUUUAUGAUCCUUUUGCUUAUGAAUUCGUUUUUUGAGGGGGGAAGUAUUCUGAAUUUUCAGUCCCUGAUUUUUUUUUUUUUUUCAUUUUUUACUAAGAAGCUAAUUAAUUUGUUUUCUACAAAGGUGACUCAGUUCUGUCUGAAGCAAUUAGUCCUGGACAUAGGCCAAAUGGUGUGUUAUUUAUCAAAUUUGUAAACUUGCUUAACGUAUUCUGUAGAUAAUUUGCUUGUUAGUUCAGACACGAUUAAAUGUGCUAAUUGUAUUGAGAAAUGGAGAUCUCAGUGCAAUCCAGUUUAAGGCAAAUACGUCUUCAGAUGAAGGUAUGAGAAGUGCCAGAUAUUGUUUUCAUUUUUAAGAGAUAUUCACAUACUUGAGUUUUGUUAUGGUCUUAAUUCUAAAGGACAUUUAAACACGUCUGCAUUAGCUUCUGUAAGUAGUUUGAUUUUCUUGCCCACUUAGAUAUGGUUUAAGUUUUGUGUAGUGCUGGUUAAGCAAAUAAAAUUGUGUGAAACUGGUUUAGCACAAUUUCAGUUUUGCAUUCCUUAUGGUACUGUAGUCUGUGAUAUAGAUUUACUGUAAUACAUUAAAUUCUAUAUAUUCUAAGAAAAGCAUAAUUAUUAACAUAAUGCAUAUACAUAUAGAUAUAUGAAUAUAUAUAUAUAUGAAGGAAACUCUCAUGUGCCUUCAAAGAUAAGUAAUGCCUGUUUCUUGAAAGAAGCACUAAUCUAUAUCUAGCUCUUAUAUAUGUAGAUAUAGAUGUUGUUUCCUGAGGUUAACAGACUCCAGACUUACCCACAUGCAGACACGAAAAGGCUGUUAUUUCUCAUAGUUGUAUGAGCCAAUAAAGAAUUAUUUCCAGCUCUAUUUUGGGGGCUAUAUUAAGUUGUAAGUAGAAGUUGUAUCACAAACCGUUGUUACGUUUUCCUCUUGCCAGUAAUGUUGCGCUUACGGCAGUUCAGCACCUUUUUCUUUUCUUUUUUUCAGAUCAUAUGAACAUUGAAAUUUGAGGGGAGAGCAGCUAUAUGCUUUUCUGCACAACUGUUUUUCUGAAAGUGUAGCUAAACCUCAAUCAGUGAUACUACACUGAUACAGUACCAUAUCAAGCAACCUGAAGGGAAAAAAUUACCAUAAUUGAAAAUGUUCCAUGAGCUGCUUUUUUAUUUAGAGAUAAUUAUUCAUGUCAUCUUAUAUUGUUGCAGAUUUCAAAAUAAACUAUUGCAUUUCAUUAAA